UCCGCCCCCCCCCCGGCCCCGCCGCUUCCGCCCCCGCGCGGGGCGCGCGCUGUCAUGGCCCGCCGCCUGCAGCAGCUGCUCGGAGCCGAUGCGGAGCUGGCAGACGAGGAUUUCCUCUCGGCCAUCGAGGACGCAGAGAACUGGUUUGCGGUCCCUGGACAUUCCUCACCUGGUGGUAGCCCAGGACCCCCCGGAGCCCCAGCCCCCAGCCUGCAUCCCCUCCAUCCGCUGGGACCCCGGCCUGGCCUGUGGCCCCUCACCCAGCAGCAGGAGCAGCCAGUGGGACCCCCACCCGUGGGAGCACCCCCCCAGGACGAGCUGGAUAAUGAGAUCCUUGUGGCUGCCUGCGUGGAAAUGGAGGGUCCCAAGCUGCUGGCGGGGGCUGGUGCUGCCCCGCGGGAGGAGCAGCCCUCAUGGACGGGGAGGCCCCGGGAGCCAGCAGCCCCCAAGAAGCUGCGGGUAGGAGAGGGGCUAGGGUCCGCCAGCUCUGGGGGGCAGGGGGACAGGCAGGACCCCAAACCUGCCCCACAGGAAGCCCCCGCUCCCAAGCUGGUGCUGCGUCCCAGCGCAGCUGGCGCCUGCACCCCUGGGCCGACUCACCCCCCGGGAAAGCCAAGCGGCUCCUGGGGCCCUGUUCCCGCUCCGAGGGGUCUGGCUCUGCAGCCACUCCACACGUCCUCACGUCAGCCCGGAGCAAUCAGCUACUCCGCGGGGCUGCGGGUGCCCCAGGCUCCCUGUCAGAGCCUCCUCCCACCCCGGCUGCUCCCCACCAACCCACUGGCCUGUGUGGAGCCCCAGCUGAGGCCACCAAGCAGCCUGCAGACGCCAGUGGUCACCAACCACCUCGUGCAGCUGAUGACGGCAGCCAGCAAAGCGCCCAGGGCUGCCCUUUGCCUCCCUGCACAGGGGAAGACUCGCCGGUUCCCGGGGCCCGCCGGGAUCCUGCCCCAGCAGCACGCAGGGAAGCUGCUGGAAGAGAUCCUUGUUUCUGCUCCCCAAACUCCAGCUCACGGGGCUGUGGCAAAGCCACGGACAGAGGGACUGCCUGGCUCCUCACUGCCUGCAGAAGAGGAUUUUGGGAAGGGUCCCUGGCUUGCCAUGAAAACAGAGCUGGGGCUGGACGAGAGGGACCCUGGCUGCUUUCUCAGGACCUACAGCGUGGUGAUGGUCCUGCGCAAGGCAGCCUUGAAGCAGCUCCCAAAGAACAAGGUCCCCAGCAUGGCGGUGAUGAUCAAGACCCUGACUAGGACCAACGUUGACGCUGGUGCCGUGUUCAGGGACUCAACUGGGGAGAUGCAGGGCACAGUGCAUCGCCUGCUGCUGGAAGAGAGACAGAGUGAGCUCAAGCCGGGCUCGGUGCUGCUCCUGAAGCAGGUGGGUGUCUUCUCCCCGUCCCACCGCAACCACUACCUCAAUGUCACCCCCAACAACCUGCUCAAGAUCUACCCGCCAGAGCCUGAGGGCAGCCUCUCACAGCCAUCACCAACACAGGACAUGAGGGACAGGGUCCCUGCCCAGCCUGGGCUACUCCCAGACCACCGGGUGCAGCCCCCCCGGGGUGUCUCUGCCCCAAGGGACUGUCGACAGGUGAGGAUGGGCAGCCAUGGCAUGGAACAGCCCUCCAGGGACUUCUCCCUGCACCCGCAGAGCCCUGGGCCCGGGCGAGAAGAGCUGGUGGGAUCUGACGGCUGCGACAUGGAUGACCUGGAUGGGCUCCUGGGAGAGCUGCCGGAGGAUUUCUUCUCCGCUCCAGCCCAGGCUGACAGCUGCUGACCUCAGGCAGCUGUGGCACAGCUGUGGGGCUGGGGAGACAGUUACUGCUGGCAUGGCCUGGGCUGCUCCAGGCCCCAGCGAGGAUGCUGAGCAUGCAGGCGAUGCAGUGGCUGCCUGUCUGCUCCUUUGUCUAUUUGUUGUGUUUGUUCUGGAGCAAAGAGCGGAGGGGACUUGGGGUGUCCCCAGGGGGACACGGCCUCAGUGCCUGUCCUCACUCUGCCAGACGGGCUGGUCCCUCUCCACUCCCAAACCUGCAUUAAAGGGC